AUUCUCGCCAUCAUGAAGAAGAGUAAUACCGCCAACACAAUCCUGUCGUCACUACCGACCAGUCCGACAAUAUCGGCUCACAAUCACACAUACACCGGUGGCAGUAAGGCCAGUCUGCAUAGCAGCCGUUCCAGUCGCACGUCGCUAAAUCAGUCAUCGGCCAAUGUUAAGAGCAAUAAAAUCGAUUUGGAAAUUGAAAGUAUUUUGGAAAAGGCCAAAUUCUAUACAUCAGUAUGUUUGGGUACCACAGCUAUAUUGUCGGUUUUUACAUUUCUAUUUUUAAUACCAUUCGUUGUUGAUCCCGCUAUAUCAACGAUAAUUGCCGAUUAUGAUCCAGUGCCGGUCACAUGCAUUGUCAUUGAACAUAUUCAGGCUGCUGGCAUUAAAAAUUGUACCUGGAGCUCAUGUCGAGAGGGCUGUACAUCAUCACCCAACAAAUGUCACCAAUUGUAUGUUAAUUAUACCCGAAUACCAUUCCAUGAAUGGGAGAAAAAUCCCCGUGAUUUGGAAACCGUUAUAUGGGAUGUUAGUUUUACCCGGUUUCUUAUAAAUUCGGAAGGAUGUGGUUAUCCCCCAACCACAAAUUGCAGUGUCUUUGCCCAGCAGUAUGGUUUUUCACACAUUGGAGAACCAUUCCCCUGCUAUUACAGUCGUGCCUAUCCUGAGGUGGUUAUUGGCCGUUAUUCAUGGGAAAAUAAUUUGGUUCACUUGUUGCUGUCACUGAUCAUACCGACGGUCUUGUUUGCCUUAUCUAUUGGCGUUCUCAGCUAUUGGUAUUGUCCAUGCUGUGAUAAUGCCUGCAAUAAAUCGUCAAGGGUCUAUGCUGAGAAAUUCCCCACAAAGGAAGACAAACUACUGUGUCACAGUGAUGAUGAGGAUGAAAUGGAAUACUAGUUACACUCACUCACACAUUUAUAAAUAUAUAUAGUUAAUAUAGACACG